AUGACUCUUGCGUUGAAAUCGCCUCAACUUGUCCAAGACAUAGUGGCGGUUGAUAAUGCGCCGGUCGACGCCGUGCUCGAGAGCUCCUUCAGUAAAUACAUUCAAGGCCUGAAGAAGAUCGAAGCUGCCAAUAUCACCAGGCAGGCUGAGGCGGACGAAAUUCUGAAGGAGUACGAGAGCUCCCUUCCUAUCCGCCAAUUCCUCCUUGGGAACCUGCAUCGACCAGAGCCCGGUAAGCCGCAGCAAAAGUUCCGUGUGCCACUGGACAUCGUCAGUCGGUCUUUGAACCAUAUGGGUGAUUUCCCGUACAAGGACCCUACAAAAGUCCGGUUUGAGAAGCCCGCUUUGUUCGUCCGAGGAACCAGAAGCAAGUAUGUCCCCGAUGACGUUCUGCCCAUCAUAGGACAAUUCUUCCCCAAAUUUCGAUUGGUGGAUCUUGACGCAGGACAUUGGUGUAUAUCGGAGAAACCGGAGGAGUUUCGCCAGGCCGUAGUCGAGUUCCUCAAGGACCAAGAAUAG